UGACGCGGACAUACAUUUGGGAAACCACAGUUGGCAAACAUGGCGUACUAUGGCCAACAGCAAGCUGCUCCGGGAAUUGACCAGAACUUCUUGUGGGGCGUAUUUCAAAGUGUUGACCGGGACAGAAGCGGCUCAAUUUCCGCCAACGAGCUACAACAGGCUUUGUCAAACGGUUCCUGGACUCCAUUCAAUCCUGAGACUGUUAGACUCAUGAUUGGGAUGUUUGAUCGAGAUAACAACGGUACAAUCAACUACCAAGAGUUUGGCAGCUUAUGGAAAUACAUCACUGACUGGCAGAAGACUUUCAGAACUUAUGAUCGAGAUAACUCUGGAAGUAUUGAUAAGGGUGAAUUACAAAGUGCAUUGACAAGUUUUGGUUUUCGGUUGUCAGACAGGUUUUAUGGAGUUCUCUUACGAAAGUUUGACCGAACUGGUCAAGGUGUGAUCAAGUUCGAUGAUUUUAUCCAAUGUUGUGUUGUCAUUCAGACCCUUACUCAGGCAUUUCAAAACUAUGACACCAACAGGAAUGGAUGGAUUCAAAUAAAUUAUGAACAAUUUCUCAGCCUAGUAUUCACACUUAAAGUAUAAUCAUUGGGACGUACGUGUCGAAAUAUACAUACAAUCACCUUGCAUGCUCAUAUCUAAACCGUAUCAUUAUAUAUAUAUAUAUAUAUAUAUAUACGUCUCUGCAGAAUGGGGGAAAUAAUUCUACUGGAAGUCGACUCCGGCAAAAAAUUUUCGAGUUAUUGUGUUUUCACAGUCGAUGAACAUCAAAUCGUCAGACUGGCUACGCUACGCUAGACGUCUGUCUUCAGCAAAAAUUUGUCGGCGUUUUAUAUUUGGUACCAAUUACGCCAUCCUGGCUAGUGAAACAAGCACGUGGUGUAGCCCACCUUUGUAGUUGUUCUAGCCAGAAUGGGUUUGACAGGAGUUAAAUGCCCCAUGGACAAAAACACCAGACUUCGAUUCUACAUACCCUGGGUACAUUUCUACUCUGUGACAUUCUGGUUGCUUCUGUUAUAGUAAUAGGCAGUCUGAGUUGCACCAAAAUCUUCGACGCGUUCGUGAGCUAUAAUACUGCCGUUGUUUCCACAGCUUCACAGCACGGAUAGUAAUUAUAUAUAGAUUCCUUUUAGUAUUAAACAAAGUCAAAGCCGUGUGUAAAGCAAAAUAGAAUUUGGUUCCGUACAAUAGCGGCUGUUUUUAUAUCACGUCUGCGUCCUAGAUUUCGUGCAUUUUAAACACACUAAUUUUAUGUCUUCUUUGUCAACGCUAGCACUUGCACGGUGUUAUGAAAAUACUGUAGGUUACUAUAAAUAGAUGUAAUGACACGCUUUAUGUGCACGUAUUGAGAACGUAAAAUAGAAUCAUUAGAAUAUGUUGCCAUAUACUUCUUCAAUACCGCGUGUUUUUCCUACCCACGUUCAAGCAUGAUUGUGUUCUCAUCACAUGUACGACCUUGUCCGAAUUUGCGUCUCUAUUUUGAUAGGAUCAGAAUUCACUCCCGAUCUGCGCGAUUUAAAGUAAACGCGCGUAUAGUUGCAGUGUGUAUAGCCUAUUAUAGGGGUUUGUCUUGCCACAAGAGCAUAGCUACGUAGCGGCAGAUUUCUUUGUAUGUCUGUGGGAAUA